GCACGGACCUGCGGACCGCGACCGAGAAGCGGGCCGCGGGCUUCGCGGCCCCGAAGGACAGCGAACGUUUCUGGCUGGGCCUCGCCAGCGGCACAGGCGGCGGCGCCGUGCCUGCCGCGGCCGCGCCAGCGCCAGCGGCACCCGCCGCCGCUCCGGCGGCGGCCCCGGCUCCGCAGCCGGCCGCCGCGCCGGCGGGGCCGCCGCAGCGGAAUCCGAAGAGGAUCAUACCCAACGUGGUGUACCUGUCGCCGCUGCCCGCCACCUGGGGCCAG